AUGGGAGGAAUAUUCUCUAAAGGUUACCUACCUGAAUUACCAAAUGGUUCUCUUAUCAAAUUAGGGAUUAUUGGUUUAGAGAAUUCUGGGAAGACAACAUUAUUAAAUAAAUUUAUAGAUGCAUCAUCAAAAAAAUCUAUAGCAUCAGUAUUAAUAUCAACAGGAGUUUAUAUAGAAUCUAUAAUAUUUAAAGGAUGGGAAAUAUUUGCAGGUGAUUUAUUAUAUCCAAAUUAUAUAAGUAAAAUUUAUAAACCAUAUUUAUUAGGAUCAGAUGUAAUUAUAUUUAUGAUUGAUUCAUCAGAUAUUCAUCAAAUGACCGAGGCAAAGAAUCAGAUUGAUCUAUUGAUCCAAGAACAAUGUAUUAAUAGUAGUGUAUUUUUAGUAAUGGCAAAUAAACAAGACCAAAAACGGUGUGUUUCAAUCCAUCAAUUGGAGCAGUAUUUAGAACUGUACAGAUUAACAAACCCUUGGAAAUGUUUACCAUUAUCCUUAAUUCAAGAAAAAGGUAUUGAAGAUUUAAUAAAAUGGAUUUUAGAAAAUACUGUAGUAAGAAAAACUUAUAAUAAUCAAUUACAAACUUUACAAUAG